AUACCAAGUAUGUUAAGUAUUCGUAUUUGUAUAAUUGUAUGGUCGGAGUCAAUUAAUUUAAAUGACCACUGGAUCAUAUGGAAGGCUCUUAUUUACUGAUGUGGAAUCAUUACAUUGGUGAGACAGUGUGAAAAAUAAUAAAGGCCGAGUGACUUUGGAAAUUGUAUGCGAUUAUAUAUUCUACGCACUGCUGACUAAAGUAGCGACUUGUCUACUUUUUUCAUAAGACUGGUGAAUUAAGUAGCUUUCAUUGACUUAACUGUUAAAUCCAUUUGGGGUACGUACCGUACAAAUGAUAGACAAAAUCCGCGUACAUUAAUACGUUCUUAAAAAAAAAAAAAAAAAAUCAUAUUUAUAAACAAAAAGUGUAAAAAUGAUAUUAUUAACAAUGAUAGCGCGAAUAGGCGAUGGUUUGCCGUUGGCAGCUGGAAUGCAGAAAGACGAGCAGACAACAAAAAAUUUUAUGUAUUAUCAGAAUCAAGCAAAAAUGUUAUUUAAGAAACUUGGCCCACAUUCUCCGCCAAGAUGCACAAUAGAAACAGGACCGUAUCUUUUCCAUUACCUCAUUGAAAAUAAUGUAUGUUACUUAGUUUUGUGUGAACGACAAUAUAGUAAACGCUCUUCAUACAGUUAUUUAGAAGAUAUUGCUCAAGAAUUCCAUAAUCAAUAUGGCAAAAAUGUUGAUAAAGUUUCUCGACCAUACAUAUUUAUCGAAUUUGAUACAUAUUUGCAAAAGGCCCAAAAAAUUUUUUCAGAUGGCAGAUCGCGACGCAAUAUGAAUGUCUUAAGCAAUCAACUUCAAGAUGUUCAAAGAAUUAUGGUACAAAAUAUUGAUGACGUAUUACAAAGAGGGACUGUUCUUUCAGAGUUGGAUACAAAAACGCAAAACUUAUCCAUGUUAUCCCAAAAAUACAGAAAAGAUGCAGCUCUUCUAAAUAGUAAAUCUAUGUAUAUUAAAGCAGUGGCUGGAUUAGUUGCAUUUUCUGUGUUUGUAUUAUAUUUUUUCAUUCUUUAGUUACAAAAAGAAAAAAAAAACACUUGCCAAGUUGUUAUUUCGUGAAGGGUUAGUUUUAAUUUCUAGAUUUUAAGACAUAAUUUAUGAAGCUUUUUUGAAUAUACCAUAAUUUGUUAAAAUAA